AUGUGUUGGCUAGCCAAGAACACUCUGGAGAAAUAGCAACUGUUACUAUUGAUCAGCCUGUGCAGAUUAUUCCAGCAUCUGUACAGCCUGCUACCCCAACCACCAUUAAAGUAAUAAACAGCAGUGCAAAGGCAGCUAAAGUACAGAGAGCUCCAAGGAUCUCUGGGGAAGACAGAAGUUCCCCUGGGAACAGAACAGGAAACAAUGGCCAGAUCCAGUUGUGGCAGUUUUUAUUAGAACUUCUCACUGACAAAGAUGCUCGGGACUGUAUUUCUUGGGUUGGUGACGAAGGAGAGUUUAAAUUGAAUCAACCUGAACUGGUUGCGCAGAAAUGGGGACAGCGCAAAAACAAACCCACGAUGAACUAUGAGAAGCUUAGUCGGGCUUUGAGAUAUUACUAUGAUGGAGACAUGAUCUGCAAAGUACAAGGCAAGAGGUUUGUGUACAAAUUUGUCUGCGACUUGAAAACUCUCAUUGGAUACAGCGCAGCAGAGUUGAAUCGGUUGGUCACGGAAUGCGAGCAGAAGAAACUAGCCAAGAUGCAGCUCCAUGGCAUUGCACAGCCAGUUACAGCAGUGGCACUAGCUACAGCAUCCCUGCAAACAGAGAAAGAUAAUUAAGCACUAGGACCUGAAAGCGGGAGCCUGAGGCCUUUCCUAUAUAACCAGAGCAGUUGCUGCUCUUACCUUUAUCAGAAUUGGAAACUUCUUUUGUUUCUUGACAGUACAAUAUAGUGUAUGAUUUUCUACAAAAAACUGGGACUCAGCGUAAAUUUGGAUCUUUUAACAGCAUAUAUUUCAGUGUAAGGUAAGGGAUCACCACAACCUCUGCAACUUUGAGUCAGGGCCUCUGUUGUAUGCAAUCUGAAAUUGGUGAGAAAUGUUGAACUGGUCAGCGUUCUGUGUCCACAGCUGUACAUAGUAAUUUUUGUAGCGCUUU